AUGAUCUUUAUUGAGCCGGAUGUAGACUACUUCCGGCUGCACCUGUGGGACGUGCGCGUGCCAGUACCAGUUCUCGAGCAAGGCCCGGACGCCAUCGCGGCUGCAACAGCCUCAGCGCCAACGUCGGUGCGCGCUACGGUGGUGCCUCAGUGCAAGGAGCCAGACAAUGGCGGCCACGACGCGCCUCUGCCACACAAAGGCUUGAAGGUGGCGACAGCGACGGAGACGGCAGGUGCCAGACGCUCCGGCUCUGCCGCGCCCUCGGUCUCGUCCUCUACUGAUCCCUCAAAGGUGUUGGCAGCCGACGGAGAGCACUUGCACCGGUGCGAGAGCGGCAAUGACGACUACCGCGGCCUCCUUGAGGGUGAGGCAGCCUCAUGCGCCAAGAUAACCCUCGAGGAGCGCGCCGACGUUGUGCAUCGAGCACUGUUGAGCGCGCUGCACGCCCGCUUCCCCUACGAGGCCGUUGACACGCUCGAGUACGUCUACAUUCUUGUUGUCACGCACCACGUCGCCCCGUCGCUUGCCAGUCAGGCCUUCAACGAGGACGAAUUGGGCAGCCUCACCUCCCUCAGCGGCCUCCUGCCAGGGGAACUUCGCGAUCGCACUUUUCCAUCCCACCUCAACGCCAUCCUCGAUCCGGCGUCAGCCUUCGCAGCCGCACCGACCUCCGCCAAGCCGGUGUCGCCAGAGACAGCGACUGGAGUGGCAGCCGACUCCGCCGCCGUGCAGGUGCUGCACAACGCUCCCACGACACCUCACUUCUUCGACUCGAUCUUUCUGCUCUCCCGUGCCCUGACCCCAGAGCAGCAAGCGAUAUAUUACGAGGUGCAGCGCUGCGGCCGCCGCCUUGUCAGUUGUGAAGCCGUGCACCACGCCAGAGCGGCCGCUGCGAAGGUCCACCAGAGCAGCGGCACCAACCCGCAGAUGGAGUCCUUUUCUGUCAUCCAGGGCCGCUUCGUCCACUGCGUGCCAGCGGACGGCAGUGGCGGCGGCAGCGCGGAGACGCAAGCCGCGAGCACCGCCACUUCGAACAGCGGCGUUCGCCGCGUGGUAGGUGAAAGCCAAAGUUACAGAGUGCCGUCCUCGGAGCCCGACGGUGAUAGGCCUGCACAAGCGGCAUCGCCGGCAACAACGUUGUUGCCGGCGGCUCGCUCGCUCUACUUCUCCGUCUACCGUAUUCCUCUUAGCCGCUUUCACCCUGCCGAGCAGCAGUACUACGCGGACCAACGUGAGGAGCUGCGGUGGCGUCAGCGGCACCGCUGCCGGUCGAGCUACCGCAAGUUGCAGCAAAAAGGGCAGCCUGUCGAGCAGGCGUCCCGUGCUGCAAUGCCGUCGUGCGGUUUGUGGUGUCACCCUCAGGAAGGGAGCGACCGUGUCGAUGCUGCUCGCGACGCGUGCAGUUGCAGUAGCGGCAGCGAGAGCGAGGGCGAUGAAGAGGAUUGGGAAGGAGAGGUAGGUCGUUCAAGAGAGAAGGCUGUUUCUUCGCUAUCCAGUGCCAAGUCACGGCGUACCCGCGACGCGGCCGAUGCGAUCGACAGGCUACUCUGCAGCGAAGGUCACGGUGUUAGCGACGCGGCGGAGCAGACGUCAACGGCGGAGCAGCGCAGCGCCGCUCGCUUCUUUCGAACCUGCCACGAGGUGCUCACAAACUACGCCAUCGCGCACUCGCCGUAUGCGGCGACGGGCGCAGUGGAAAAAGAAGAAACGGCAGCGAGGACGAAGGCGGCAGCACACGGUGCGCCCUCUCCGUCGUUGCCCGCUGCCACAGCAGCCGUGCCUUCUUCUGCACAUCAGCGGCAGCAGCACCCGCGAAUGCCGUGGUUUCCACGUCGAUUUGCUGGUGUCUCUUACGUUGGUGUCACCCGUCUCCUCUACUCACUUGCCCCGUGCGAUUGCUACCACUUGGUGAUGAAGGACCACAAUCCUUUUUAUUACGCCCGCUCGAGUCGCGCUUCGUACGAGUCGCAGACUGUGCCGCUCUGCCUCGUCUCGGACCUCUCCUCUGAGACUGGUGGCGACGGAAGCGGCGCGCUGCAGCUGGCACAACUGAAAUCAAAGCCGUUGCCGCGUGCGACGGCUGCACCGGCGACAGCCCCCGCUUCCGCAGCGGACGCGAGGUGCCGUAGAUUCGGUGAGCAGAAGGUUCAGGUGGCGCCGCCGCGCGUACGGUCGCCUGAGUCGGGCGUGACAGAGCAGGUGUUGCUACCAGGUUGCACGGCGCCAGGGUCCAGGGCCGACACGCUGGCCGUUGCCGAUGGCGCUGGCGGCGCGGCAGCUGGCAGUGGCCGGGAGGGCCUAGUGUGUACUCCGUUUCCGUCUCGUUCGCCCUCUUCAGAGCGUGCCGACCGAACGUCCUCCGAGGCCCGGGUAGCGGCAGCAGCGACAAGGCACACCACGUCGAAUCCCCCGCCCUCGUCAGCGUCGCCGCAAUCGCGCGGCAGCCUCGUCUCGGCCACGGACGGGUUCCUUCGUGUGUCGGCGUCUCUCAUCUGCAACAACAUCUCCGGGAACCCACAAGCGAGGCAGCAAAGCCUCGCGGAGAAGGGGGUGCACGUCCCCAGCUUUCUCUUGCCUGAUGAUGUGCGCACCAGGGGUGGCACUGACGCGGGCCCGAGUUGCCGAAAUCCGCAUGACGCUGCUUUGGCAGAGGGCGGCGCCGCUGCAGCUGCCGUGAAUCUCUUCAAGGCACUUUCGCAGUCGUCGCUCGCGCAGCACAAGCUACGGCACGGCUGCAUACGCUCCGUCAUCUCUGUCGCCGUGUUGGACAGCUCGCAGCGGAUGUCAGACGACAGCCCCGCCGUCUGCCGCAGCGGCGGCGCGAGCUCGGACGGGGCGCGACGGUACGGCACCCUUGAGGCGACGCAGAUGCAGCUGAGCCAGCACUACUGCUGUCGCGGCCUCGUCGACCACACGUGGCUCUCCAUCCCCGUGCAGUGCACGCCGGCGGAGCAGGAUGCGAUUCAGUGGAUGCCGGUGAUGCUCGGUUCCACAGACUGUGUGAGCGACGUCGGGCUGCGGACAGCCGUGCAUCUCGGCAUUUUCCCGCGUGCGUUGCCGCCGUCGCGCAGUGCGAGUGGCGGUCCUCCCAGUCUCACGGCAGCAUGCUCGUCCACGCCAUCAGACCAGCUUGACGGAGUUUUGCCGACCCGUGACGAUGCACUGUCGUCACUGCAGCUGUUUAAAUUCAGGAGGGAGAACCCUACUGCGGCACUGAGGCAGACGGUGAGCAGUGGUGCCGCCGCUGCUGCCGACAACGCCCUCGCCGGCGCCAGGCUUUCGAACAGCAAGAAGGGCAUGAGCACAGCAAUGCCUCCAGUGGCACCACUUCGAGCGCGCCCCGUCAACCGUGCUGACGACGGUGUCGCUGCUGACAUCGAUGUCGGAGCGGCUCCGCGGAAGAUUCAGGAGAGCGGUCCAUCGGCGCAGGGCGGAGCAGAGAACGGCAGAGAAGCAGCCUCUACACCCGCUACUACGAUCACCCAGGCGCGGUCGUCCACGUUCAGCGCGGUGGGCCGAUUAGAGCAAGCCCGCACGCCGCUGACCUCCUUCAGCGCCCUUCAUACAAAAGGCGGUGUGCCACUCGCUUUCGACUCCACUGGCGACCGCCAGUCUCACGCGGUGCCGUGGCGCGGAACCACACCGUGGGGCCGCCUAUCCUUUACGGCGACGACGACGGCCGAGAAGGGCGAGAUGGGCAGCGAACAUGCCCACGUGGCCAUCGAUGAUGAAGAGGAGCAACUGCGUGCCCCGACUCCUCCUGCGACGGCCACAUCGGUGCGGGUCGAGCGUGGUGGUAUCGCACUUACAUUUGACGCCGGGCCAACGCAGCAACGGAAACCGCCGUCCUCCUCUGCGACCGGUGGCGCACCAACAACAUGGCGACGGAGCACCCAUCCGGCUACUCUGAGCGCUCGCUGCUCUGCGGAGUUCCCGCGCGACUGCAGCAGGUAUGUGGACGGUGCGAUGAAGGGCAAAGACCACAACGAAGAGUCCGUCGAGGUAGCUUUGGACUUCUCUGAUGGCGACGGCGAUGAUCCUGAGCGCCGCAUGUCGCCGUCCUGCGCGCAUACACCCGCAAGAACGCCGCGGGCGUUGGCGUGGACACCACUGCGAGGGAACCAGGUGGCACAAGAGUUGGCGGCGGCCGAGGACGCGGACAACGAACGCCGUCGUGGCGGCGGCGGUUCCAAGGUUAGCGAGCAAGUCAGCGGCGCCAUCACAGCGGCCCCCAAAAGCUAUUCUUUCGGAGCUCGGGGUUCAUCGCAGGCGGCAACGAAGGUAACCAACUGGCCCGACAAGUCGCUUCGAAACGCGACGGCAACUAGGACCGGCAGCCGCAGCGGCGGAAGCCUCCACUUUCCAUCCGUCUUGCACACGGCAGUCGAGGGCACGGUAAUGGAGGACAAGGAGCAGCUCGAUGUGAACCGCAGCGUACGCGGACGUGGCGCGGCGUUGAUGCCGGCAACGUAUGGAGCGGCGGCGGAGCGCCGUGCCGGGGUGUUCGGCACCAGCGGCAGUAAGAACAUCAGCAGGAGCAGCGGCCCUCUGCCAGCCAGCCUUCCGGCUCCCCGCUCCAACCCCUUUCUUAUGCAGACUCACAAGACGCCAGCCGCCAACAGCAACCAGCCGUACUACAUAGAUACGGGCACACCACCGCAUCCCUCGCCGCUACCACGCUGCUUCGCGGGAUACACUCCAUUCCAACCUGCCAGCGGACUGCCCCAACACGUACCGCGACACCAGCAGCAGACACCAAUCCCGACCAGUCGCCCCACAAGCGUCAGUGCAACGCCAACGCAGCGCUUCUCUGUUCCCUUCACACCGUUUGGUCAAGGUGCGGAGUUGCGCUACCAAACAACUGCACCGACGCUGGAGCAGCAACUGCCGCCGCACACGCACCAGCACGGCGCACGUGCGACCGGCUUCGCCGCCGUCGCCGCACCGUACUCGCGCGUCCCGCCGUCGACUGUGGACCUCUCCGCCUCUGCUGUGUCGCUUAGCAGCAACAGCAGUUCGGGGAGCAUGUGCCUGCCACUCCGGCAGCACCCGUCAGCGUCGCCACCGCCGCAAGAGUGCUUCUUCGAUGACCCCGUUGCCUCACGUACAACGUGCGAAACGCGGGAACCCCGUGGUGGCACAGCGAGCACCGCUACACCGACGACCACUAGCGACGGCGGCACCGCUCCCCGCGGUGCGCAGAGUGCAGCCAGCCCAUCCGCCUACUUUGCCAUGGCGUGGAACGCGCGGAAGACGGCGCCGCAACAACACCGCCUCUCAGGCGGCAUCGCAGAGCACCCCUCAUCCUCCGCUUGGCUCUCUCCUCUGCCACAGCACGCAACACACGAGCAAGCGCGAGCGCCACAGUCACGUCCUCGCAUCUCCUUCUACCCUCCGCUCACCGCGGCGCGGAGUGCGCCGUCGUUGUCGGCGCAGCUGUUGAAUCCAAGCGCCUACUACACACCCCCAGCGCGGCAAACCAUCGGCGCUGGUCGCCUCUCGCUGUUCUCGUCUCCUCUGGCACCACAGCGUGGCAGUGGUGGUGGUGGUGGUGGCCCAGCCGCUCUGGCAGUUGAUGCGUGUGGUCUAAGUCGCAGCCUCUUCAUCGACGAGUACGACGACGGAGCUGUCACAGCCGGCUCAGCGUCACACCUCCGCGGCGACGCUCGGGCGGCAAGCCGUGUGCGGCCGCGUGGUGUCUCGGCUAUGGAUGCCGCGUGGUGGCAACCCGUUCGCGAGUUAACCUCCGCGCCGAACCUCCACCACGGAGCUGCAGCGCCGGCAGCGGGUCAUUCACGGUCGAGCAUGAGCACGCUGCGGUUGCCUGGCGCCGACCAGCCGUACAACCUUCCGCUGGGUUCCACUUCGAACCCUCACAGCCAUAGCGGCAGCCUUUGUGGCGAUUGCGGUGGAUGCCGCAAAGGCUGCGCCACCGCAGCCGGCGAUCCCGCCUUGCAGCAACGACGUCGAAACUCCUGCUACCACAGGGAAGCCUCAUCGCUAGGCCGUGGAACGGCUACCGCGCCUGUGCGCCCCAGCAGGGCCGCCGUGCCGCCGCUGCCGACAUCGCGUCUCGGUGGCCUCCGAAUCGACGCGAGGAACGCCGAAAAGCAAAACGUGGACGACGCCUACGUUGAGGAGCUCUCGCUCUCGCCCGUGACGCCGCACCGCACGCAGAUGCGGACACCGUUCGCGGUGCGUCGUGCCCGUCGCGCAGCUGCCACCACAGGCCACAGUUUUGGACUGUCGUCCCGUCGUCGCCCUCCUCUAGCUCCGCGCAGUGCCGGUGGCGAUGCCGCCCGCGGCUCCUCGUGUAACUGCGCGGAAGCGAAUGAACGGAACAAGUCUCGCGCCCACUACGGUGCCGCCACGUCAUCGUCCACAGCGGCGUGGCGCGAUGGCUUGUCGGUCCGUGAGCGAGUUCAGCUGCGCCGGUGGCAGUUGGACAAGGAGGAGCGACUGGCCAGCUAUCGGACGCACCUGCAGGCGAACUACCUUUGCGGGUCGAUGCCGAAGCGCUACUGCUUUGAAAGACAGACAGGCGGCGCCGCAGCCGAUACGAGGCCAGCUCCCCUGAGCGGUGACGUAGCGCGAGAGAGUGGCGUGACCGGGAGCAGCGAGCAGCCGCAGUCCGCCGCUGGCGGCUACGCAGUGUGGACACCGAGGACGACCGCUGUGCCGCCCAUGGGGCAUGAAACAGCAGCGGUGUUGCAGGUGGGGAAAAGUGCGCGGGACUUCAGCCUUGGUGUGCACUCCUUCGCGCCCGUGUCGACGGCGACGUCUGCUUCGACCGCAUCAGGGGCUGGUGGGCCCGAUGUCGAUGCAGCGCGGGUCUACCAAGCCGAGGCACAUCUUCGUCAGCAGGCAAACACGCAGUCCCAAAUAGAAGCUCGGCAGCAGAUGAAGGCACUCGCCGAUGGUGCUGCUGCCGCACGACUUGUGACAGGGGUCAACGUGAGCUUUACGCUGCGCGACGUGGCCACUGUCUUUCUUCGACUGCCGCGCACCUCCCUGCACGCGUCGCGGACGCCCGGGACGGCGCCGUGGCAUGUCAGCGGCGGUGCUGGGCUCGACGUGCUGGACGUUUGCGACGCAGUCUGGCGCACCGAGGGCGUGUCGUGCUUUCUCUCCCGAAAGCCCACGCAGCUGCGGGGUGGGUGGGCGAGCUAUCUGGAACGCAUCAACCUCUACCAAGCGCCCUUCUUCCUGCGUGAUCAGGCGUUUGUGCUCCUUUUACCCGUCCCUCACACGCCAACGCUGAAAGUGUGCGUCGCGAUCCACAGCAUCAGUGACCUGCUGGCGCUUGUGUGCCAGACACCGGUGGCGCGCAUUUUGCCGACAGCUGCGGAGACGUGGAUGCGGCAGCGCGAGUACGGAUUCGAAGACGCGAACGACAAUGCAGAAGAACGACAGGAUGGUGCGGCGAUGGUUGUCGCGGAGCGGCGGUGGCUCUUUGGGCUUUUCACAACUCGACGGCUCGUCCCUGCCGCUGGCGCACGUGCGUCGCGCAAAGCCGACCGACAACUGCUGUCACCGAAGGACGAUAACGUGAAACGCCGAGAAAAGUGUCGUCGGCUGCGUCGCGAGUAUCAGGCGGAUGGGCUGUGCCUCACGUGGCGCCAUCGAGCCCGACUGUGGUACGCGCUGCUGCGGGCAGGAUUGAGCUGCCUCGCACUUCCGGCAUGCACGUCGCCGCUCUUGAUCGACCCCGUAGCGUGCAACGCGAGGUGCGCGCUGCUGUGUGACCGCAUCGCCGCCUACGCUGUGGCGCAUCACCGGCUUGAAACACUCAAGGCUAUACGGCAGUCGUACCUCGAGACGCGCGCCGCGGAACUGUCGAAGGAACGGGUGGGGAGGCUUUGUGAGCGCACACAUCACGGGACGGCCCGGGGAAUUCAACUUGGUGGGACGGGUGGCAGCAGCAGCCGUGUGGCGGCGAGCCGUUCGCAGUGCACUCCGUCGCCGCUGCUCCCGUCUGCGCCCACGCGACAGCAGCGGCGGGUUUCAGGUGUCGGCGAUGAUGGGGUCGAUAGCACGGUGCACCAAGGCCGCUAUCCCGUAACGUGGGGCAGGACUUGUGAUUCAACUCUGAGGACGGGCCUUCACGGCCGCUUCAGCAGCACGGACGAGGCUUCCCGAGACCCGCGAAUGGCGCACGGCGGAGUCGUCUCCACCCUCGAAACACCGUCGACCACGUGGGGCAGGCCGCUAUUCGCCGCUUCGACUUCAGAAGCGCCUCUCCACAGCGGGCACUUCGAGGCCAGCAGGCAGAGGUUUGACGAUCGCGGUGACAAGCGGCAGCAGCGGGCAGGUACGCCGAUACCGCCUCGGCUCUCCGCCAUCGGGGGCAUCUCACGCACUCAUCCCUCUCUGCGACAGCGUGACUCUUCGCGCGAUAGGUGGGCAACGCCUCCACCGCCGCGCACGACGCGCUCGAUGCAGCUGCGACUCGCCGCUAACCAACGUGUGGCCGCCGGUGAUGCGCCGGUAUCUUCCCUGCGCCAUGCCACACACGCAUCGGUGCUGGGAGAAGGUCGCCUGACCUUUAGCGAUGGUGAGCAAUGUAGCGACGCGUUCGGUCUGCACUCGCGCCGUAGCUUCACGCCCCCUCCUCGCCCGCCUCCUAGUCGACCACCCCCACCACAGCAGCAGCAACUGCAGCCUCGAUGGGACGGUGGCUUCGGCGCUGGCGCCACGUCGACGUGGACCGCCAACGGUCGCGAUGGGGCGGUCGGUGUUCCAUGGCAACAGGCACACACCUGCGGCGACACCGUGGCGACCAGCUGCAGACGCGAAAGCACCCUUGCUAGGCCGGUGGCGGGAGCACCUGGAGUUGCCUUUGUCAACGUUCUCUACGACGCUGAGGCGGGCAGCCACCCGUACGCUAGCGACGGCGCGCGUGGAACGAUGCAUGCCGCUCGCAGCGCAACGGUAGUGGCGGCUGACAAGAGCCACGCGUCAAGUGCUGCGUCGCACGGGUUGUUUGCACCCGCUGCGUCCACUGUGGCGCCCUACGCUAGCGGUACGUCUAUCGUGCCGUCAUCGGACGCGCAGGCCACGGCUGCGGCAGAAAACGGCGCGCAGCGUGUCAUUCUCUCCUCGACCGCCGCCUCCAGCCUUGCACGCAGCGCGGCCGCGGCAUCCACUGACUUGGACCUUAUCCUGCGUGUAGAUCGCGAUGACGCCUCAGCGAGUGUGCUGGCCGGUCUCACCGAGCACCGCGCCGUGACCAUUGCGCCGCCGCUGGUAACCGUGCUGUCCAUUGUGCCCCUCGCAGCGCAGCCCGUGCGCGGCGCAGGUGCGGGCGUGGUCGAGGACGGUGAUAGCCCAACGGUCAAACCUGCUGACACCGGUGCAGCAUCGCCACUGUACCCUGGCUUCAUCCCAACCCCGCUGGAGGUGCAGCAACGCCUGGCUCAGCCGUUCAACCUCUCCAUCGCGCAGGUGCAGCAGCUGCUCCGGUGGCAGUGGGAGCAUCAUCAGCAUUGCUACACGCUGAUGCCGGUGCCCCUCUUCACUGGCGCGGCAGCCGGUCCCACGGAGGUGGACUUCUCGCUCAGGUUCUGGUCGUCCCCGCAGAGCGCAGACUCGGUGAGUCGUGGCGGGCUGGAUGAGCGGGCAUCGGCUGCGUCGCCGUCCUACGCCGUCUCGCCGCUGGCGCGGGAGCUACUUCUACACCUUCUGCGGUGGUCGUGGCUGCUGCCAACCGACUACGAGGCGAGCCGGCGCAGCCGACGUCAUCGACUGGCCGCCACCACCACCAGCAGCCUUGCUUCUCUUUUUCGCUGCCUCAUUUCGCCGUCGCCGCUCCGUUGUCCCCGAUGGCGCACGCUGGCGCUCAUCGUGCUCCUCGUCACCGCGGCAGAGCACUCGGCGUGGUGCCUUCAGGCUCUGCUCUUCGGUGGCGUUGGCUACUGCGCUAUGAACGGCGUGACAGUUGGCUUGCUGACGCAGCUGCCUUCACACCGCGGUGCGAGUCGCCGCCGCGACUGCGACGGCUGUCUUCCAUGGCAUUGGUGGUGGGGCAGGUGGAGCACCGGCGCGGCGGAUGUGUGCUCCCGAGGGGGGCGCUGCUCUGCCUCUCGCCUCGUGCGUCGCCCUUUGUCUGCGCUGCAAGACGACGUCCCACCCAUCGACGACCGUGUGAGCCUUCUCUACUCCGUCGGUGAGUCCACGACGCAUGACAUGCUCGAGCGCCGGCGGGUCCAUUUUGCAGCGCAGGUGGUGCUCGUGCGCGUGCUGCGCCUGCAGAGCGCGGCUGCUUCGCUCCUAAGUCGGCUACAGCUCUUCCUCUACGGCUACUCGACGGCGCUGUCGCUGUGGGUGGCACUGCUGCUCCUUGCGUACGCCCUCCUGUACGUGGUGUACCGGGAAGCAGUGCUCGCGGUACAUCAAAGCAGAGGUGGUGCGGCGUGGUCAGCAGCGUGCAACGGUUUCGCGAGCGCCGAGACGGUUUCGGCGUUUUGGCAAGUCGCACGGCGGAUUCUGCACGCUAUGUGGUGGAACACCAACGCCGCAUCAACGACAGCAUGCCACCCUUCUCAAUCGGCGGCAUCUGCGCUCACGGGGGCUGCCUGUCGCGAGGUGCUCGCGCGUGCUCGGUAUAUUCUCCUUCAAAGACAGCGGACUGUCGUGGAUGGCGUCGGCGAGGCCGCAACUGCGGGAGUUGCGAGCGGAGUGGAGGCACAACUCCUCAGUGGCAGUGAUCCGGCAGUAAAGGCAACGGAGAGAACCGGCGGCAGCGCGGGGGCAGGAGCGGCGCAUGGCCACUAUCGCAGCCCCUCCCAUUUUUACCAGAACGGCAAGUACUUUGCGUACGACGCGCAGCUGCCGGCGUGGGCAAAGUCGGAGGCCGCCGCCGCCGCCACCCCGUCCAGCAUCGGUGCCACACCAGGAGCGCACUACGAGCGUGUGUCUGCACAACCACAGCGACAAGAACCAUCGCCGUCGGCGAGCGUCGUGCAGUCGCUGAGCGCGUGGUUCAGCCACAUCGUCCAAGACGGCGGCAGGGAUGGUAAUGAUGGUAGUGGCAAACAUCAGCCGUCCGCGCUUUGCAACCACUCUGCCGACCCGAUGGGCUCGAACUCAACAUACGUCACGGCCAACAGCAGCGCCGCGUAUAAGUGCCCCAACAAGGCGGCAGGCUCCUCAGUAGGCGAUCCCAGCGUGCUCUGGUUCCUCGUUGUUGCCUACGUCGUCACGGUCUGUCUGCCGUGGUCGCCGUACCGGUGGCUGUGGCGGCGGGUGUGGAGUGUGCUGAUGCAUGACGACGCCCUGGCCAGGCGACCUCUCCUCACUGUGUGA